AUGCACAGCCAAAACUCACCGGAAAGACUCCCGUAUUUCUCCACUAAAAACGAAGCAAAAAGAUUCUACUGCCAGCCUGCCCUGAGUCUCUUCGAGCACUUCCUGAUCUUCCAGGAGAUGCCGAAAGAGAGAAAAGACAUCCUCCAGGCCCUUGAUAAGUACUUCAAUCUAGAGCCAAACCAGCACUCCCGCCCAGAUACAGUCACUCCCUUCAAAAGUGUCGAAAUUUCAUGGGAGGACUCAGAACUCCCUGAAUCCCGGACUUUCCCCCUCCUGAACGAGCACGAUCUCUCGCACUACGACAUUUGGCAGCACAUGUUCAUAGACUCCCUCCUGUGCGGGCAGGUAGAAGAGUCUUCCUACAUGAAAGUCCUUAGGAAAGCGACUUCUCCCACCCUGAGAGAUCUAUACGAAGGAAGAGAAAGUCUCCCAGAAGCACUGAAGGUCCUGAAGAGGCAUGCCUUCCUAUCCGUGCGAUCUACCUCCCAUGCAAGUGCCCGGCAGGAUGACUUUCUCUUCUUCCGGGACUACGUGAGGAGAGUCACUUCUUCCGUGGAGACGCAGGAAAGAGUCGGUCUCAUAAGCCCAGAGAUAAAAAGACACGUUCUGAGCGCGCAAAUAGAGAGCGGCCUAUGCAUAUGCACGAAGCAGUGGAUAAACCUGAAAUCCCUCCAGGGAAUGUCCUGGGGGAAGAUCCUGGAGUACAUCGAAGGAAAAGAGUCUGCAAUUUCCGAAUUCCUCAUAAAAGAAGCCCAACAGAACAAUCAGAAUCAACAGAAUCAACAGAAUAAUCAACAGAAUCAAGAGAAUAACCAGAAUAUUCAACAAAAUAACCCGAAUCAACAGAAUAAUCAACAAAACAAUCAGAAUAAUCAGAAUAUUCAACAGAAUAACCAGAAUAAUCAGAAUAAUCAGAGUAUAAGCGCACAGAGUGGGAAUACUCCCAGGACAGGCGUAUACUGCACUCAUCACAGGAUCAGCACCCACACGAACGAAGAGUGCUACGCCCUGAACAGUCGGAAUAAGAAGGAGACCCCAGGGAACGCUGUAAAUGCACGAGGUAGCACAUUCCCUGGGAAACUAUCGCAUCACAACGUAAACUACGCCCUUCUUCUCUCGGGAGUCUCUGAGAGUGUUCCCAGUGCAGAAGGACUUCUGAACGGAGUAAAUGCAAAUUUUAUUCUGAACGCAGGACUGGACGUAAACUUAAUAACGACGGAGUCUCAGAAGAUGCUGGGACUCUUCAAAAUCCGAGGAGAUUCUGAGAUAGACUUUACGAGCGAGAACUUCCUGAAUAGACCUGGGAAGGCAGAGGGAGGACUCUCUCGGGUGCGGAGUGUAAGUGCUUCCGUGAGUGUGGGAGAGCGUGAGAGCGUCCAAAGAUUCAUUCUCGUGCCAAGUAAUAACGUAAAGCUCAUCCUGGGAAUGCCCUGGAUACAGGAUAACUAUCCAACGUAUAUUUUGCACCUGGUACCCCAGAACAUGCAGAGACAGACUGUCUCUGAGCUUACAUCGAGAGUAUACCCGCAGAAUUGCUAG